GAGGAGGCUAACGAUGGCAGCCACGGCGGCCACGUCUCCAUCUUCCUCGAGCUCCUGAGCGAUUCCAGAGGCGCCGUCAGGGCAACCUUCGAGGCCUGGCUGAUGGACAAGGCCGGCGAGCCGUCGCUGAACCUUGCGAGGAGGAUCGGGGUUCACGUGUUCCACGCGGGGAACAGGAAGCUCGGGUGGCCUCAGUUCCUGAGGCAAGCCGACCUGGCCAAAGUUUACCUGAAUGACGAGGGGCACAUCACGUUCGUGUGCACGGUCAUGGUGCUACGCCGAAACCCUAUCCCGGCGCCGUGCUCCGACAUCAGAGAGCAUCUAGGCAGCUUGCUGAAUCGCGGAGACGGGUCCGACGUGUCGUUCGUCGUCGCCGGCGAGACGUUCCGUGCUCACCGGGCGGUGCUCGCCGCCCGGUCGCCGGUUUUCAGAGUGGAGCUCCACGGUUCCAUGGCCGAGGCCGCGACGCCGUCGAUCACCCAGCAGGACAUCACCCCCGCGACAUUCAGAGCCAUGCUUCGGUUCAUGUACACGGAUGCCUUUCCCGGAGACGACGAGCUUGGGGAGUCUCCCUCUGAGACGGUGCAGCAUCUGCUGGCCGCAGCUGACCGGUACGCACUGGAGCGACUGAAGCUCAUGUGUGCGCAGAAGCUCUGGGAAAACGUGUCGGCUGAGACCGUCGUCGAUGCUUUAGCUUGUGCUGACAUGUACAGCUGCCCAGAGUUGAAGGACGGGUGCAUUGGUUUUCUUGUGGAGGAGAAAAUCUUCAGGAAGGUCGUCUUAACCGAGGGUUUUCUGAACUUAUGGCAGAAGUUCCCAUCUACUAUAGCUGAAGUGCGAGAGCGGAUUGUGGGACACGAUGAUGACGAUUGACGUAGUAGCUUAGUGCAAGACAUCGUAGCGUAUAUAGUUCAGGCUAUCUGAUUUUAUCCAAGCACAUCUCAAGUGUUUUUUUUUGGCAAACUAAUGAGAGCUAGAAUUUUUUGAUCGCCUUCUUUUUUUUUGUCCUGUAUUGGCCAUUAAGUGCUGGUAUAUAUGAGUAGACGUUUUUGUGCUU